AUGGCCGACGAAGCGCAAGCGACUCGGCGAGCCUUCACCAUUCAGGGGCCGCAGGUUGCCUUAGCUAUGCUGCGAGGUUCCAAACGCAUAACAUGGCCGGAUGCGCCAGAGGAAGCUUCUUUGUCCAAAAGUUGCGUGGUUGGGAUGGUGAGAGAUGCAAGGGAAGCUGAAGGAAGCAACCGCCUCUGGGAUUCCUUGUGGCCAACUGCAGAAAAUGAGGGACCCGCUGCCAAGCGCCAGAAGCUCACGCAGCCGCCUUGGAAAAGCAAGAAGCGGAAGCGCCGUUCUGACGCUGGGAACACCGGCAGUCCGGCUCAAGUUUCCUUCACAGCAUCCAAGCGUCGCCGGCUGCUUCUUCGCAGCCCUUUGCAAAAGCCGAAGUUGGCAAAAGCAUCAGCAUCAGAAGCCUUGCAGGACGUUGGAGCUGCUGACAACACUGAUGGCAAAGUCACACAGUUGCAGCCCAGAGGAGGUCUCUUUGCUUUCCGGGACGAUCAGCCAGUGUUCAUUCUGAGUGUACGGACAAGCAGAAAAAUUCCUUUGGCUGAUGUGGUUCCAUUGAAGCAGGCAACUUUUCAAGGACGAACCGUCCUCAAAGCCAAAUACACAGAGACCCGCACAUGCAGAUGGAGUGAGCUCAAAGAUGUCGGCUUACAUUUCCAGAUUGCCAACUGUGCGAAUGAUCGCCGUAGAGCGAGCUUGCCGUUCCAGAAGCAACCGGGGGAAACACAAGGAGAUCAAGGCAGAGCUUUGCGCGAGAAUGCAGCUUUGGCAGCUCGCUGGCAGGCUGGCAAUGCAGAGCUAGGUUUGGCCACUUCAUGCACAGUUGAUCACUCGGUGCGAUCCGUUGUGCCAGUGCGUUUGCGGGCGCACCUGGCCGAACGAGCUGCUUCAGGUAUUACCCAUCACGCGGCCCCACGCGCAGAUGAGAGCCGUUCCUUUUGGAUUCCGCGGUCUGGAGAUGGCAGCGGCCGGGCAGAUGUGCAGCGGAUUCGCUUGCUCUACAAACGUGAUUUACACGGAGAUGAUGGGCUCGUUAUAGUUUCCUGUGACGAGGAGGAUGUCAUCUCCCCGCAGCAUGCUCCACCAAACGUAUGUAGACGCUGGCGUUCAGGUGCAUUAGAGCCCAUUGCGGGUGUUGAAGUUGACCUUGCAUUGCCGCGGGCGCUGGAUGAGCAAAAUGUUCGUCUCUUGCUUGUCUAUACUGGCACCUGUACAGUCAAGUUGAUCAAGAACGUCCGCCUGAAAAUUUGCCGCCAGACAUUCCGCUAUGGGCUUGGGAGUUGUUUUCAAAACCAAGAUUUCAUUGGACUGAGGCUCGGGUUCAAGCGUUGCAAGAAUCUUGUUUGCAGACGCUGCAGGCCGCAGACCGCAAAUUAUCCGUACCUGAUUAGCGCCGCCCUGGCUUCGUCCACUGCGACCUGUGGGUCUCAAUGGCACGGACGAUAUUGUGCUCUCAAUCGCAAGAAACUUCCAGAAAGCAGUCCUUUUGUACACUAG